CGAAUAAGAAAUAAGAAGACUCUUUUUCGCCUUUGUGGCCAUCCAUGAAUCAUGGCCGGUCACCGACUCUUCCGCUCUCUCUUUCUCUCUCCUGUCCCUCUCUCAUCCCUUCAAUUCGGAAGUCAGCUCUUCUUCUACUUGCCCAUCACCCCUUUUAUUUAAAUCUUUCAUUUCAUUUGUUGUUUUUCGAGUUAUCCGGGAUUUUCUUCUGAUUUUGUGUGCGAAAGGGGCGCUGUAGUUUUCACCAACUGGGAUUGAUUUUUAUUUAUUUUUUUAAUCUUUCUUGAUUGAUAAUUGCUUUUUGUGUUUUUGAUUAAUGAAAUGGUUAAUGGGUCUUUACAGUUCAUUUUGUGAUUACUGUGUUGAGAAAGGAGUCUUCUUUUUUAGCUGCUGUUAGUGAUAGGCACGCCUGUCAGGCAACUCAUCAUCAUUCCCUCCACCCCCAUUUCUCUCUCUUUCUCUCUCUUCUGUCUCCCUCUCCCUCUCCCUCUCCCUCUCUCUCUCUCUCUCUCUCUCUCUCUCUCUCUCUCUCUCUUACAUCAGAAAAAUCUGCGUCUAUCGAAAUUCUUUCCUCUAUUCUUGAGAGCCCAGUUUUCUUUUUCGGGAAAUCUGGGCUGUUGUUUUUUUGUUGAUUAAGCUUAGUUGAGUCGUUGGAUUUGGAUCUGUUCGAUUUACUUCAAGUGGGGCUUGAGGAAUAUUACCGUCGUCAGAUAGUAAAGUCUUGUUUCAGGUCAAAUUUGGAUAAUCACUAUGGCUGUUUCAAUGAGAGAUGUGGAUCCAGCUUUCCAGGGGGCAGGACAGAAGGCUGGUAUUGAGAUAUGGCGGAUCGAAAAUUUUCGUCCUGUCCCCGUGGCACAAUCUUCACAUGGAAAAUUUUUCACUGGAGAUUCCUAUGUGGUUUUAAAGACCACUGCUUCGAAAAAUGGUUCCCUGCGUCAUGAUAUUCACUAUUGGCUGGGUAAAGAUACCAGUCAGGAUGAAGCCGGCACUGCAGCCAUCAAAACUGUUGAAUUAGAUGCAGCCUUGGGUGGGCGUGCUGUUCAAUACCGUGAAGUACAAGGCCAUGAAACAGAGAAGUUCCUGUCCUAUUUUAAGCCAUGUAUAAUACCUCAAGAAGGUGGAGUUGCCUCGGGCUUCAAGCAUGCCGAGACAGAAGAACACCAGACUCGUUUGUACGUAUGUAAAGGAAAGCAUGUUGUUCAUGUGAAAGAGGUGCCUUUUGCUCGAUCCUCUCUGAAUCAUGAUGACAUCUUUAUUCUCGAUACAAAGUCCAAGAUUUUUCAGUUUAAUGGUUCCAACUCAUCCAUUCAAGAGAGGGCUAAAGCUCUGGAAGUUGUGCAGUACAUUAAAGAUACUUACCAUGAUGGAAAAUGUGAAAUAGCAGCUAUUGAAGAUGGAAAAUUAAUGGCUGAUGCUGAGACCGGAGAGUUUUGGGGUUUCUUUGGUGGCUUUGCUCCACUUCCAAGGAAAACAACCAUUGAUGAACCAAAGAGCGAUGAUGUUGGUCCUUCUAAGCUCUACUGUGUUGAGAAGGGAGAGGCAGUACCUGUUGAGGUUGAUUCUUUGACAAGGCAGUUAUUAGAUACGCAUAAAUGCUACAUUCUCGACUGUGGGAAGGAAGUCUUUGUUUGGAUGGGGAGAAGUAGUUCUCUUAAUCAAAGAAAAGCUGCAACCAGCGCUGUUGAUGAACUACUGCGUAGCUCUGAUAGAUCCAACUCUUAUGUAAUCCGUGUGAUUGAGGGGUUUGAGACGGUGAUAUUUCGCUCAAAGUUUGACUCCUGGCCUCAAUUAACCAAUGUGGCUGUUACUGAGGAUGGUAGAGGGAAAGUUGCAGCACUUCUAAAGCGUCAAGGGGUUAAUGUGAAGGGUCUUCUCAAAGCAGAAUCUCCUAAGGAAGAACAUCAAUUGUAUAUAGACUGCACUGGAGAUUUACAGGUAUGGCGUGUGGAUGGUCAACAGAAGACUCUUCUUCUAGCUUCAGAUCAGUCAAAGUUUUACAGUGGAGAUUGCUAUAUCUUUCAGUAUUCUUAUCCUGGAGAAGAAAAAGAUGAAACUCUAAUAGGGACAUGGUUUGGGAAGCAAAGUGUUGAGGAAGAUAGGGUAUCGGCCACUUCACAGGCAAGCAAGAUGGUUGAGUCUCUGAAGUUCUUACCUGCUCAGGCUCGCAUCCAUGAAGGAAGUGAACCAAUCCAGUUCUUUGCCAUUUUCCAGAGCUUCAUUGUCUUCAAGGGCGGUCUUAGUAAAGGCUACAAAAAGUACAUAACCGAAAAGGAACUUCCAGAUGAUACAUAUUCAGAGGAUGGACUUGCAUUAUUCCGAGUUCAAGGAAGUGGGCCCGAUAAUAUGCAAGCAAUUCAAGUUGAACCAGUCGCGUCAUCAUUGAAUUCCUCUUACUGUUACAUACUACACAGUGGUUCCUCUGUCUUUACCUGGUCUGGAAAUCUUACAUCAUCUGAAGCCCAGGAGGUUGUUGAGAGGCAGCUUGAUCUUAUAAAGCCAAACAUGCAGUCUAAACUGCAAAAAGAAGGUGCAGAGUCUGAGCAGUUUUGGGAGUUGUUAGGUGGAAAAUCUGAGUACCCAAGCCAGAGAAUUGCAAGAGUAGCUGAGAGCGAUCCCCAUCUGUUCUCAUGCACCUUAACGAAGGGAGAUCUCAAGGUGACCGAGAUAUACAAUUUCAACCAGGAUGAUCUAAUGACUGAAGAUAUAUAUGUUCUUGACUGCCAAUCGGACAUUUAUGUUUGGGUUGGGCAACAGGUGGAAUCUAAGAAUAAGAUGAAUACUUUAAAUAUCGGAGAGAAAUUUCUGGAGCGUGAUUUUCUUCACGAGAAAUUAUCCCCCCACACUCCAAUAUAUAUUAUCAUGGAGGGGAAUGAACCAUCUUACUUCACUCGUUUUUUCUCUUGGGACUCCACAAAAUCUGCAAUGCACGGUAACUCUUUCCAAAGAAAAUUGACGAUUCUUAAACAUGGGCGCACCCCUGUGUUGGAUAAACCCAAACGGAGAACACCUGUCUCAUAUACUGGAAGGUCUGCUGCACCAGAAAAAUCGCAGCGGUCUAGAAGUAUGUCUUUUAGCCCUGACAGAGUUCGUGUAAGAGGCAGAUCUCCAGCAUUCAAUGCUCUUGCGGCUAAUUUUGAGAAUCCCAAUGCAAGGAAUUUGUCAACUCCCCCUCCAAUGGUGAGAAAGGUUUAUCCAAAAUCAGUGACACCGGAUUCAGGAAAACUGCCUUCAAAGUCCGCAGCUAUAGCAGCUCUAACGUCAACAUUUGAGCAAUCGGCUCCCGCUCGGCAAUUCAUUAUUCCCCGUUCUCCUAAAGUGAGCCCCGAGGUACAGAAACCAAAAUCUGCGCCUCCUCUAUCUAGGCAAAACUCAGUAGAAGAACUGAAGCCCAAGCCUGAACCCAUCCAAGAAGAUGUGAAGGAGAAUGAAGCCGAUGAUGAUGAAGGGCUCCAAGUACACCCGUAUGAUCGUCUUAAAACAACGUCGACUGAUCCAGUUUCAGAUAUUGAUGUGACGAAACGAGAGACAUAUUUGUCCUCAGAAGAAUUCAAGGUGAAAUUCGGCAUGACCAAGGAUGUUUUCUACAAAUUGCCGAAAUGGAAACAGAACAAGCUUAAAAUGUCGCUUCAACUAUUCUGAUCACUUGCAAGGCAUCUCAUCCAUCUAAGCGUCCCAAUGCAAGUCUUCCGACGAGACAAAGAACACCUGGAAACCUGUACGACUUUUCUCUUCAUGUCAUGCAUGGAUGCAUUUUUUAUACAGCAAAGAAACGAUUUCCCAAGUGUGUGUGGGGACAGCAUCAGUGCAUUUUUAACUGCUUCUGCUCCCAGGAUGCUUCUUUCUAUACCUGAUGAACAGAUUCUGGAUAAAACUGCCUAGUCUUGAUACAUAGAGAAGUUUGAAUGCAUAGGAAUUUGCUCCGGUUUUCCCUUUUUGCGACUUGACAUUCUUUUUGGUCUCUGAGGUUUGUUGCGAGCUUGCAUUUUUUCGGUUUGUGCUUCAUUUGUUUCCGGCAAUGGGAUUUAGGGAAGUUUUAGGUUUAUGUAGCAAGAUUGUGUGUACAGGAAUGUAAACCAGUCCUUUCAUUAUUUGACUAGCCAAUAAAAGUGUGCUUUUCUUUUCA